UUUCCAGAGAAAAGCUCUCUCUGAUUCUCGGAAACAGGAUUACUAGAAGAAAAGGGAAGGGGCAGAGAAACUGAAAGUGAUGGUGCAAAGUAAGUGUUGCAUAGCAGAAGCAGAGUGUUUCCCCUCAGUAUAUAAAAGACAGAAACGUCCUGUGCUGUGUAUCAUCAGCAGUAAAGACUGAAGAGAGAAACUGCAGGGAGAGCCAGAACCUGUCUACAGCCACAACUAUGAACUCAUCUGCUAUUACCUUCCUCAGCUUCCUGCUUGUCCUCUGUGCUCAAGGACUACCAGACAGUAGAUCCAGAAAAUGCAAGUGCUUAAACGGUUAUAUCGGCCAGGUCAACAAUAGGUUCAUCCGGCAGAUCAAGUCAGAGCCAGUCAUACACCACCCAAACAUCUUCUGCCAACAAAUCGAGAUUAUUAUCAACAUAGGAAAGCAGGAGAAAUGCGUGAAUCCACAGUCAAGAUUCGGAAAAUGUCUUCUCAAAAACAAAAAUAAGCAUGAGAAAAAGAGAGCUGCGAUCAUGACGAUGACCUCCAGUCAAACAAAUGCAUGGAGCUCAACAAGACUCCUCCCCACAGACUCUGCUCCAACGACCAUGUAACGGCACAGAAACCCUGUUGUUGUAAUAGAAGCUUACCUUUGUCAUGUUAUCACUUUAAGUGUUCAAAUGUUCUCAGUGGCCAAUCACCAGUUCAUGUUCUCAACUUCUCUUCACCUGUAUAUAUGAAGUAGAUAAUCUGUAUAUAUAUUUACAAUAAUAAAAAACCCUGAAUGGUC